AUGCCAUUUAGCAAUGAUCAACAAAUACUAACAGACUCAAUGAGUAUAGGUCGUCUUCCGAAAACUGUCGAGUUAAUUCAAGACUUUAAUGAUAUAACACCAGAGCCAAAGGCUAAUGGUGAAUGUCGUGCCGCAUUGUACUCCAGUAAUGGUCAAUUCUUUGCUUUUACCCAACCAAAUGAAGUUGUUAUAUUGGAUACAUCCGCAGAAGCAAAAUUGUAUCACCGUAUCGAGAUCCCAGAAGUAUUUGAUAUUUAUUUUUCUCCAGAAGGUACAUUCUUGUGUCUUUGGUGUAAACCAGUUCAAAUAAAUAAGGAAAAUGGUACUUGGAAUAACAAUUUAAAGAUUUUCAACGUUAAAACUAAAACAGUAAUCGCUGAAUGGAGUGCCAAACACCAAAGCGGCUGGAGACCUCAAUUCACUGCUCAAGAAACCGUUUUUGCUAGAAGUAUAAACCAAAAGGAAAUUCAUUUUUUUGAAAUCAGUUCUACUUCUGAUGCAGUCAUCAACUUGAGCCAACCAACAUUCAAAUACAAAAUUGCUGAUCCAAAAGCUACUUUCCAAUCUUUCCAAGUUUCUCCAGGUAAGAAUACCAGUGUUGCCGUUUUCAUUCCUGAAAAGGGAGGUAAACCUGCAAAUGUUUCUAUUUACAAUUUCCCAAACUUUUCUCAACCUAUUUGCUCAAAGAAUUUUUUUAAGGCUGAAAAAUGUCAAUUGAAAUGGAAUUCAUUGGGUACUGCAUUGUUAGCAUUGGCUUCUACAGAUCAUGAUACCACUAACAAAUCCUACUAUGGGGAAUCUAACCUUUAUUUGAUGGGAAUUGCUGGCUCCUAUGAUUCAAGAAUUGAUUUGAAGAGAGAAGGUCCAAUCCAUGACAUUACAUGGUCUCCAACCGCUCGUGAAUUUGCUGUCAGUUAUGGUUAUAUGCCAUCAGAGACCACAUUUUUCGAUGCCAGAGGGAAUGCGAUCCACUCUUUGCCAACCGCACCAAGAAAUACUAUUUUGUACUCUCCUCAUGCUAAAUUCGUUCUUGUUGCCGGUUUUGGUAACUUGCAAGGUACAGUUGAUGUGUAUGAUCGUCAAAACAAGUUUUCUAGAGUUGUCACUUUUGAAGCUUCCAAUACUUCUGUUUGUGAAUGGUCCCCAUGUGGUAGAUUUAUUUUAACAGCUACAACUUCUCCAAGAUUGAGAGUUGAUAAUGGUUGUAAGAUUUGGCAUGCUAGUGGUAAGUUGGUAUAUUUGAAGGAAUAUCCGGAAUUGUAUUCUAUUGGUUGGAAACCACAAGCUUUGGAUCAAUUCCCACCAAUCAAAGCUUUGGAGCCAGCUCCAGAAGCACAUACCUCUGCUAAAGAAUAUUUGGCCAAACGUGAAGCCUCAGCAAGUGCUGCUGCAAAAAAACCAACUGGUGCUUACCGUCCACCACAUGCCAGAGGAUCCGGUGCUAGUGCUCCUGCUUCAUCAUUAUACCAAAAGGAAUUACAAAACAAUAUGAGAAACAAUGGAACUCCACCUCCACCAGGAUUAUCAAGAAACGGUUUAAAUACUCCACGAGUAAGAACUGUUGUUGGUGCGGCUCCUCCAGUUGAAAAGGAAAGUAAGGCUGCUGCCAAGAACAGAAAAAAGAGAGAAGCCAAGAAGCAACAAGAAAAGACUGCUUCUCCUUCUCCAGCUUCUGCCACAUCACCUGCUCCAGCUGCUGCAACUAGUGGUGUUAUUGGUGGUGUUGCAUCUUUGGAAGAAAAGAAGAUUAGAUCUUUGUUGAAGAAAUUGAGAGCUAUUGAACAAUUGAAGAUGAAACAAGCUGCUGGUGAAACUUUGGAAGAUACACAAGUUGUAAAGAUUUCUAAGGAAGAUGAAAUUAGAGCCGAAUUACAAACGUUAGGUUGGAAUGAAUAG